AGCUGGAGGAAGCAGCGGCGGUGGCCACGAUGAGCGCGGGCGACGCUGUGUGCACCGGCUGGCUCGUCAAGUCGCCCCCUGAGAGGAAGCUGCAGCGCUACGCAUGGCGCAAGCGCUGGUUUGUCCUCCGGCGGGGUCGCAUGAGUGGCAACCCAGAUGUCUUGGAGUACUACAGGACCAAGCACUCCAGCAAGCCCAUCCGCGUGAUAGACCUCAGUGAAUGUGCUGUGUGGAAACAUGCAGGCCCUGGGUUUGUUCGUAAGGAAUUUCAGAACCAUUUUGUGUUCAUUGUCAAGACCACUUCCCGUACAUUCUAUCUGGUGGCCAAGACUGAAGAAGAAAUGCAGGUGUGGGUGCACAGCAUCAGUCAGGUCUGCAACCUUAGUCAUCUGGAGGGCAGUGGAGCAGAUUCCAUGGAGAGCCUCUCUCGCAUGCCCUCCUCCCUCAGGCCAUCCCCUGCCAGCUCUCUUCAUGCUGUCCAUGCUGCCAGCUCCUCUCUGCCAAGAAGUAACCCAAGCACCAAUACCAUGACCACUGAGGAAACCAGAAGUGAGUCAGAGUUUCUCUUCCUUCCUGAUUAUCUGGUCCUGUCCAACUGUGAAACUGGAAGACUGCACCAUACCAGUCUUCCCACCAGAUGUGAUAGCUGGUCAAAUUCAGACCGCUCAUUGGAACAAACUUCAUUUGAUGAUGUUUUCGUUGAUGGCCUUCAGCCACUACCCUCCAAUAGCUUGGUCUACCCCUCACGCCAUGGGAAUGGAUCUCAGGAGACGCCGUCCAUGAGGCCCCAGCCUCCUGUGAUCUGGAACAGAGAAAUCAACUGUCCACCUAGGGAUCACUUGUCUUCUUUACCACAGUUGGAAACAGCCUUAAAUCCCCCUAUUCAUGGGGAUAAAAAACAAGGUUUUUUGCCCCAUGGAGCAAAAGAACUAGACAUUAUGUCCAACAGCCCACCUCCCCGUCCCCCUAAGCCAAGUUAUCUCUCUGAACGGCGCCAAGAAGAGCAGGCCCUAUGGCAUGGGCAUGGUAAGAAGCCAGAAUGCAGUGUGGUGCCAAGAAGAAUCUCUCUCUCUGGUUUAGAUCACAUGAGAACUUGGAAAGCUGACAUAGAAGGCCAAUCCUUAAGACACCGAGACAAGCGGCUUAGUUUAAAUCUGCCAUGUAAAUUUUCUCCAGUGUACCCUGCAAUUUCAGCCAGUGCUGAAGAUGGCUAUGUGCCCAUGAGUCCCAAGUUCACUGCCUCUGGUCUUGGACCCCACUGCAGCCAGGAUGACUACAUUCCAAUGAGCUCAGGAAGCAUCUCAAGCCUACUGCCUGAGUUACCUGCAAACUUGGAGCCUCCUCCAGUGAACAGAGACCUUAAACCUCAAAGGAAAGCGCGGCCACCUCCCCUGGACCUGAGGAACCUCUCCACCAUCCGGGAACAUGCAUCUCUAGCCAGGACCUGCACUGUGCCUUGCAAUCGAACCAGCUUUCUCUCUCCAGAAAGAAACAGUAUUAAUUCUGCAAGAUUUUUUGCCAAUUCUGUUACCAGAGAAGAGGAAGAAAGCUACAUCCAAAUGGAGGAGCACAGAAUGGUCAACUCCCUGAGCAGUGGUGCUCUUACAUGGACAAAGAAAUUCAGCCUAGAUUAUUUGGCUCUGGACUUCAAUUCAGCGUCACCAGCUCCUGUGCAACAGAAACUUCUUUCAGAAGAGCAAAGAGUAGACUAUGUCCAGGUGGAUGAGCAGAAGACACAGGCUCUCCAGAGCACGAAGCAGGAGUGGACGGAUGAAAGGCAAUCCAAAGCGAUGGAGAACAGAAGGGUCUCAGCCUGCAAGUUGGGAAGGCCAAAAACCCAGGAAUUCUGAGAAGUUAAACUUUCCUUGGGGAAGAAGGAGUCCUGAGCCCAGCACACAGCCUAGCCAUCAAGGCACAAAGCAACCCACUUGGAGUUACUGUAUGAGCCACUUCAUUGUAAAGCAAAUGUCACUUGAAUCAUGACCUACAAGUCUAAGUACAAACUGAAGGUUCCUCUCCAGCCUGUUUUCCUUCUCUUAAUAGUCUUCUCAAUUCCCAUUCCUACCAUAUCUGUACCUACAAUCACACCAAUUUUUCAAAAAAUCACUUUGCUUCUUACUGUUUUGUUUCUGGAAUUAAUAAAGGUCUUAUAAGGGAAAAUAAUGACUUAAGUUCUCUUUAAUUUGUUUGAAGUGAUGACAUUCAAUAUAAAUGAGGAGGACCAUGUUUAGAAAGCUGAGUGUUAUAAAUAGGCUUUAUUACUGUUUUCAAGUACACCAAAUUUAACUGGACUCAUGUGCAAUGACCUACACAAAAUUUGGCUGCAAAUAGUUGAGCAGGUGGCUUAAUUAGUAAUGUAGUAUAUUUGCUCAGCCAAACAAUAUCUUGACAUCCUUUUCCUCCUUCAGAAACUAGCUUCAAUAAUUAGCAGGAAAAUCUACUGCUCUUCCUGACACUACAUAUAGCAUGACCUUUGUCCUCCAUUUUUACAUGAGCAAAACAGGAGCCCUAGGCCUGUCUCUCCCCUGGAAUGAUCUCUUUCACUUGUACCUCCCUUUUCUUCAUGGCCAAGGCUCCUAGCAGCCCUGGGUUCUAUGUCAGUGGCAUCUCUAGGCUGUGAUACAUGUUAGAAACUGGGCUCCAGUUUAGAGCCAACAGGCUAAAGGUAUAGAGAAGACAACCAUGACUAGUACUGGUGCUGAAAGAAAGAGAAACCACUGGUCAGUAUAAGGCCAACUGUAAACACUGAUAUACAUGUUCCAGAAUAGAUUGGCCCACAAAGCAGACCAGAGAAACAGGAACCUCAAAAUGUAAGUCAAUUGC